AUGGCUACAGCUAACAGAACUCGAAAACUUUGUUCUCAGUGUAACAGCGAUGAUUCUACAUUUACAUGUAACGGAUGCCAUCUAUCACUCUGUGUCAAACAUCUGGAUGAACAUCGGCAAAAACUUAACCAGGAAAUCGAUCUUAUUGGCAAGCAAAAUGACUCACUCAGAGAAGAACUAAGUCAACGAAAUAUUGAUAUACAGCUACUGGCGCAAAUCAAUACGUGGGAAAAAGAAACUAUUGGCAAGAUUCAAUCCAUUGCCGAAACAGCUCGAGUUGACUUGAAAAAAUUAACUGAAGAAUCAAAAAGCCGAUUGAUGGAAAUGAUAAAUAAACUUUUUAGUGAACUUCGUACAAGUCGAAAAAAUAAUCAAUUUAUAGAAGAUGAUCUGCAUCGAUGGACGAAACAAAUUGAAGAAUUAAAAAGAAAAUUGCAUGAAUCAUCUAGGAUUGAACUACUUCGGGAGGAUGAUCCAACAACUAUUAUUCGUCUAAUAAAGAUAAAAACAUCGGAAAAGAUGGGACCAAAUCAAACGAAUUCUUUUUCUAAAAAUGAAAGUCGUCCUGAGAACAAACUAAAUAAAAUGGUUCCAUCUAGUAUAUCAUCGUCAGGUAGUUCUACUGCAUUAAAAAAGUUGGAAUUAUCAGCUAAUAUGAAUGCAUCAUCAUCUCAAUUCAACUUUUAUCCAUCUCUAACGUUUGGUUUUAAUCAAUCUAGCAAAAACGAUAUACGAAAGUUAUUCGAAAGCCUCAUGAGACUCGCUCCGAUGGAUAAACACGGACCAAUGAGUGGUCGAUGUGAACCUCAAACUGCUCAAAUGGAAAGAUUUCUUUUUGAAAUAUUUGGUUUCAGAAAUAUUCCAGGUCAAGAUAUUGUUCAAGGUGUAAAGUCAUUUAAACUGGACAAACCUCCCCAUUAUUUGAAUCCACAUACAGAGAUUCACUUUCCGUCUAAUACUGCCAAUUCAUUUGCCAUGUCUGUACAAGAAAUUAUUGAUUGGCAACGUUCAUAUAAAGUUUAUGCUGACAAAAAUAUUAACGGUAUGAAUAAAGAAUUUCUUAGGCGCGCUCUACAAGGGAAGGGUGACAAUGGUGAAGAAGCCUUUCGCAUGAAAUUUGUCGUACGAAUUUCAACGUGUCCUAUCUUGAUGGAAUUCGACGCUAAAAUCAUAUCUCGUGACCUAAAGGAAAAUUGGCCUAAUCGUAUUAAACUUGUUUCGGUCACGGGUAUUGAUUUUGCUGGUCGAAAACAUGAUAUAAAUGACAUUCUUUACUAUGUAACAAAUUGGAGAGAAAUUUAUGAGAUUGAUCGUAAGAAAGAUGAGCCAGCAUUACGUAAUGAAAGGGAUUUUCGUCGAAAGACAGGAGGCCCAGCAGGCGAACUACAUCAAAAACGUCUACUGGACGAUUUAACGUAUAUGGCUAGGCUACGACUACGAGCAUGCGAUGCAGAAGGUGUUCAGAUUGUAGUUGAAACAGGUAUUGGACUUGGAGUCUUUUCUGGUGAGCAUAUUGGAGUCGAUGAAACAGUAAAAAUAACCUCUGCCAUAGCUAUUCGAGCAGUACUCGAACAAGAUGGACCUAGUUAUAAAAAUAUUUGUGGAAUCGUAUUUUCUCUACCAAUUAUCGCUGUAGAGACACAUGCCAUAGGCAUUGGUGACACUUUUAGUGAGUUUAUUGAACAUUUCCAGGAACCACCGUAUAAUGGUCCUAUACCUGUAAUGAUUGCUGAUCAAGAUAUGCAUCGAUUAACUGUAGCUAUUGCUCGUCAGGGCUUCGUUGUUUCUCAAUUAAAUCCUGCUGAUUCACAUGGUGUUUUCGGUGAAUAUUGGCAAAAUCGAGGACCCGCUGUAGAAGAAAAAUUAGCUUUGACAACAGUCGGUUUACUUGUACAACAUCAUCUCAUCAAUCCACACGUACUUGAUACAAAUAACUAUCAUCUCAUAUAA